AUGGGUAAACGUCAGCAUCAAAAGGAUAAAAUGUACUUGACGUACACAGAAUGGACCACUCUGUAUGGAGGUAAAAGAUCAGGUACUGCAGUGGAAGAAGACACGACUUUCAAACGAUUGCCAUACGACCACUGUUGUUUGUGUCUACAGCCAUUUGACGACCCUUAUUGCGAUGCUGAUGGCAAUAUCUUUGAGUUACAGGCUAUUAUUCAGUUUGUAAAGAAGUUUAAAGUCAACCCUGUCACUGGGAAAAAACUUGAUGUGAAAUCCUUAACGAAACUGAAUUUUUUUAAAAAUGCAGAAGAAAACUAUCACUGUCCGGUUCUUUUCAAGCCAUUCACGAAGAAUUCCUUCAUUGUGGCAAUUAAAACCAGUGGCAAUGUGUAUUCAUAUGAAGCUGUUGAACAACUCAAUAUUAAAGGAAAAAAUUGGAAGGAUUUGGUCAAUGAUACCCCGUUUGCUAGAUCUGAUAUCAUUACAAUACAGGAUCCUCAAAACUUAGACAAAUUUAAUAUUUCGCUUUUUCACCAUAUUAAGAAUAAUUUACGAGUUGAAACUGAGGAGGAAAUAGCAUUAAGGAAGGACCCUCACGCAAGGCUUAAGACAGUGUCAAAUGAGACAAGGGAUAUCUUACAAGAGCUAGAGAGAGAGUACAAAGCUCCUGAGGUCAAGGAAACUAAGAAAGAGAAAGCAGACAAAUUUAAUGCAGCGCACUACUCUACGGGUAUGGUGGCAGCGGGUUUCACGUCAACUGCAAUGGCGCCCGAGACUGUACACGAGGCUGCCAUUGUCUGUGAAGAUGAUGUUGUCUACGACAGAGUUAAAAAGAAAGGUUACGUGCGACUGUUAACCAAUGUGGGUCCGCUGAAUUUAGAAUUAUACUGUGACGCCACUCCAAAAACAUGUCAUAACUUCAUCAAACUAUGCAAUCAAGGUUACUACAAUGGGACCAAAUUCCAUAGAUCUAUUAGAAAUUUUAUGAUACAAGGUGGUGAUCCAACAGGCACUGGACUGGGUGGAGAGUCGAUAUGGAAGAAGCCAUUUGAGGAUGAAGUGAGACCUAACCUUCACCACACUGGACGAGGCGUACUGGCCAUGGCAAAUUCGGGGCCUAACACUAAUGGGUCACAAUUUUACAUAACAUUCCGUUCCUGUAAACAACUAGACGGCAAACACACGAUUUUUGGCAAGCUAGUUGGCGGUAUGGACACUCUUACCACAAUGGAGCAAAUUGAAGUGGACAACAAGGAUCGGCCCAUACAUGACAUUGUUAUUGAAGUUGCUCAAGUGUUUGUUGACCCUUAUGCUGAAGCUGAAGAACUGUUGACAAAAGAAAGAGCAGAAGAAUUAAAAAGACAAGCGGAGGAAAAUGGACCAGGUGUUAAGCCUAAGAAAGCAACAAAACAACCACUAAAAGUGUUCAGAGAAGGAGUAGGGAAGUACCUUAAUCUCCAAGUUGCUAGCACUAGUGGCAAAUCUACCAAAAAUGAAGAAGUUCCAGCUAAGAAACCUAGGAAGGGCAAAAACUUUGAUUUUGGCAAUUUUGAUUCCUGGUAGAAAUAUAUUCUUAUCGUGUGUCUAUGGACCCUUUGUUGUUGAGUCACC